AUGUACCAGCAGCCACCCAGCUUCUUCCCCACACCUGCCAUUGACCAUGCAUUUGCCGGACUCGGCGCGGGGGUCGUUGCGGUGCUUUGCAUGCAUCCGCUGGACCUCCUCAAGGUAAAGUUACAGGUUGCCACGGACAAGCCACGAGGUGGUAUCGGCAGACAAAUAUGGCUUUCCUUGAAGGAAAUCAAGGAACAGCAGGGCUGGAGGGGCCUCUACAGAGGGGUCUCCCCCAAUAUUGCCGGAAAUGCAGCCAGCUGGGGCUUCUACUUCCUGUUCUACAACAUGCUCAAGAAUCGCGCGGCAGGCGGUGAUCCGAACUUCAAGUUGUCGCCCGGCUCUUAUCUCCUGUGUUCAGCGGAAGCGAGCGCUGUUACAGCCAUCAUGACCAACCCUCUAUGGGUCGUGAAGGUCCGAAUGUUCACCACUCGCGCGGGGAGUCCAGACUCUUACAGAGGUCUUUGGCAUGGUCUUACGUCGAUAUACCGCACAGAGGGUCUUCCCGGUCUGUAUCGAGGUACCACACUAGCUCUGUUCGGCGUCAGUAACGGUGCCAUACAAUUCAUGGCUUACGAGGAGAUGAAGCGGUGGGGCUUUGAACGGAAGCGGCGACAAUUUACCAAGGAGGGAAAAGAUUACAAGCCUGAGGAUGAUAAAUUGUCAAAUACAUCAUACACCAUCAUGUCAGGUGCCAGUAAACUCUGGGCCCUCGCCCUGACAUACCCCUACCAGGUAAUCCGGUCGCGCAUUCAGAACAAUGCAACGGCACAUCUAUACCCCACAAUCCCAGCUUGCAUUAGACGGACGUGGUUCGAGGAAGGGUUCCGUGGCUUCUACCGCGGACUCGGCACGAACUUUGUACGGGUUCUGCCCGGGACAUGCGUAACCUUCGUGGUGUACGAGAACCUCGCAUGGCUUUUGCGCACGACGGCGGCGCGAAAAGAACAACGAAAUUUUCAGAACGUGGACGGCGACCCUAGUUGA